AUGUCUCCAAUAACACGUAGUAGAACAAGCCUUCACCGUAUUCGCAACCCAAAUUUUCCAACUCACCUUGACUUGGAAGCUGCAUAUGACCAGUCUGUUCCUCGUAUUCAACAAGACGCCAAACAAUAUCUCGAAAUGAUUCUCGACUCGUUUGAAGUUCGUGAAUUAUACAAUCCAAUUUCUGAAGAAUAUUGGUUUGUUAACAAUUCCGAAGCUUUAAACAUGGUAGUUUAUUAUAAAAUGAAAAAAUGUUUGUUUAUUAAAUAUAAACAACGGUUUAUCAACGCUGGUCUCGAAUUUGAAUUCAUGAAAAAUGGUGGUAGUGGAAUUGGUUGCAAUAAGAUUGGCUGCAGAAAUAUUAAUUGUGACGCUGCAAAAUAUCAUUCCGACAAUGACGAUAACGUUAUUUGUCCAAAUUCUUUAAUGUAUUUUGAUAGUGACUCUUAUUAUCCUGAAUUGGAUUUUUCGGAAUCUUCGACUCCUUAUUUAAGUAGAGGAAUUUCUAUGAGUCGCACUUCUUCUGCUUUAUCUAUGAUAUUUCCUCAUUUCAUUCCUUCUCCUGAAAAAUUACCUUUUAAAACCGAAGAAUCAUCAAGUACUAUCUUGGGUGAUUACGUUAACGUAUCUUUUAAAACUGAUGAUUCUUCAAUUAAUGAUGAUCUUAAUAAUAAUGUUCAAUCAACUGAGAUUCACCUCAAUCCUCACCUACAUUUCAAUCCUCGUCUUCAUCAAAUAGACGAUAAUGCCGUGAGAGCUCAAGUUCAAGAAUUUGUUGAAAAGGAAAUGUUUAAGAUUUCUACUGAUUCUUUGGAUGCUGAAAAAAAUGAUGAUUUGGUCGGUUUGGUGAGGAGACAAUUGAAUGAGGUUAUUCACGAACAACUCGAAAAAAUGAUGGAUGGUACAAGCCCUGAUUAUGCUCUUUACACAGGUGGUGCGCGUAUAAUUCCCCACCUCACAACACGUGACUACGAAGUGUGGCCUAGUAAAUCUUAUCAAGUAUUAUGGGGACUUCUCACUCGUAAAAAUGUUAUAAAAAGUAAUAAGGCUUCAACUGUAAUAACACCAAGCGUUAACGUUGGUGAAUGUUGGUGUUUUAAUGGAACUGAAGGCCAAAUAGCUAUUCGUCUUUCUCGGAGCAUUUUUGUAACACAUAUAACCUACCAUCACAUUGGUCGACAAGUUUCUAUUGAUCCAAUUUCUUCUGCUCCAAAAGACUUUGAAUUAUGGGGUGCGAAUAAAAAGAAGGAAAGAAAAAAUGAGAUUGAAUAUUCUGAUGAUUUUGUUCACUUUUUGGGAAAUUAUCAAUAUGAUAUUUCUGGAAGACCAGCUCAGAUCUUUAACGUACCAGAUUCCAUCGCCAUGAAUAAUAAAAGGGUUAGGUCAAUCAUGAUGAAAGUGCAUAGUAAUCAUGAAAAUCCUCAAUUUACUUGUUUGUAUAGACUUCAAGUUCAUGGUGUCAAUCCUCUGUAG